AUGAGAAAGCCAUCUAUCAAGCCUUCACCAGAAUCGGAGUCCACCUUCGUGCCGGCUGACCCCGGAGCAGUCAUAUCCGGCUCGGGGACUUCAUCAGUCUGCACGGGGACUUCGGCAGGCAGCCCGGGAGCUGCAGCACUCAAACCCGGCCCGGGGACUUCAGAACCCGGCCAGGGGACUACAGCAGGCGGCCCGGGGACUUCAACGAUGCAGCAAGUAGCGGCCGGCUCUGACCCGCCGCCUCCCAGGCCGACCGCCCUGGUACUAGUUGCUGUCAUGACAGUGGUAGAAGCACCAUCUUGGGCGCAGCCCAUCCUCAACUUCCUGGUGAGCCGAGAGCUACCAGCCGACGAGAUCUUGGCCCGGCAGGUGCAACGCCAGGCGCCAGCCUACACAAUAGUCAACGGAGAGCUUGUCAGGCGUAGUGUGACUGGUGUCUUCCAGCGCUGCGUGGAGCCGGAGAAGGGCAUGGCAAUCCUUAGAGAUAUUCAUCAAGGCGAGUGCGGCCACCACGCUGCCUCCAGAUCCCUCGUUGCCAGAGCUUUCCGCCAUGGAUUCUUCUGGCCGACUGCUUUGGAUGACGCCAAGGAGUUGGUUCGCAAGUGA